UUUUUUAUUGAUUAGUUUGACAGAAAAAAAUCUUUUCCUUCAUGAGACUAACUCUUUUUUUAUUCCUAUUUCUCAGUGACAUUGACCUUCCACCAACAACGGUGUGAGAAGUGUUAUUGUUAUUGAUGCAUCGAAGAAGAAGAUAAGUUUAAUGAUGAUGAUGUUUUGAUGAACAUGAGGGAAAAAAGAUUAUUUGAAUUUCCCGAAUGACCCUUACAACUAUUGUGUUGAAGUGUCAAAAAGUCAAGAAGCAGAACCAAAAAUUGAGACCUGGAGAGAGAAAGAAAAAAAAAGUUCUAAACAAGAGUAACUACUGUUUGACCAUCAAAAAUGAGAGAUGACCAGAAGAAGAACCAUAAAUAGUGUUAACAUUACGAUGACAACAUUUGAUUACAAUGUUGACCAUCAUCAUCUUCAUAUGUCUAUCAUCACUUUCACUUAAACCACAUUGAAAGUUGACAUAAACAAGAUGAAAGUUGAUUUGAAGAUGAAGAUGAUACGUUCAAUUUAAAAUGGGUAGUAACUGAUAGGGUUAACUGCCCUUGGGAUUAACUGGAUUAGAGUUGAUGAUUAAAGUUAGAGUCAAUUGUUCACGGUUAGUGAACAAUUAAGUUUUUUUUUCUUCAUUUUUACUCUUAAUGUUAAUCUCAAUGGCAAAGUAAAAGUCAUUUACAGGUAUGAAGAUGAAACGAGUUACCUUCAUUUUGAAACAAUGUUUUUAAAUCAUUUCCUCGUCAUCAUCAUAAUUUUGACACGUUAUCAUCAUUAAUUAUUGUUUAAUCUCCAUCAGUUGAUUGGUAAUUAAUGUGAUCAUCUCAUUUUCAAAUACACUUUCAUUUGUGUUAUAUGUUUAUUGUGAUUUUCAUUUGUGAUUGUUAUUGGAUUAUCCUGAUUGUCCGAUGAGAGUUAAAUGGAAUCGUAAUUUAGAUGGAAACACAAUUAUCGAUUCAAAUGAACCAUUAUCUGAUUACAAAGAAGGAAAAACAAGUGAUUCUAUUGAAAACGAUUCUAAAUUGUCAUCUAAAUCAUCGUCAACGAUACCCAUGAGAUCGCGAAAUCGUGAUAAUAGUAAAUCUAAUCGUGGAUGUAAUUUAAUCUUUGGUCCGACUCGAAAAUCAACUUCUCGAUCAACUUCAAGCUCUACAACACCAUCAACAAUUUCCAGUUCAUCAUCAACCUCAUCUCGAUCAUCAUCAUCUCCACCACCAACAUCAAAAAAUCGUGAAAAAUCAACAUCACCAAGUCGACCAAUAUCCCAAGGUGCAAGUGAUUCAGAUCGUACAACCAUGACAAAGCUUAGUAACUUUCUUGGUAUAUUUAAAUUAACUCCUUCCUCACCUUCAUCAACCAAUGGUUCAAUUAAAGGUUCAUCUAAAUCAUCCUCAACCCAACCAACCUCAAUCAAAGUGGUUCGCAGAUCAAAAAGUGGAUACGAAAGUGAUGGACUUUUCCGAACUGAUUCUCGACGUCGACGUCGAGCCAAUAACUUAUUACAACGAAACUCGGACAUUCGACGUUCUUGGAAUGCUGCAAUGACCGGUGUUAGGCCCGAUGUUAGUGUUCGAGGGGCUUGGUUACGUCCAGGUAGUCCAAACUAUCGCCCAAAUCAAGGAGGUGAAGGUAACUACCGAUCAAUUUCACCUUCAAUCUUAGGUAGUAAUAGUAACGAUAGUGCUAACAGUAGGCAUACUAAUCAACAAGGAGGAGUUAAUUUAAAUGGUUCUAAUGGAUCUCGGCCUUCGUCUUCUUUAGACGGUUCAGGUCAUUUUGCAAACUCGUGUAAAGUCAAUUCGAUGCCAGCACCGAUUGUAACUCUACCUGAAUGCUGCCUAGAAGGAUCUGACUGUGAAAGUGGUGAAAAUAUUGUUACCCUUGGUGGAGGUGACGGUGGAUAUGAUUCAAAAUCGUCCUCUAAACCAGGAUCACCCUCAGAAAUUGAUCUUGAGAUUCAUCAUCAUCAUUAUCAACACAACGGUCACUCUAAUGGUUGUGAUGAAGUUGAUCUAGUUUCAAAUAAUAUUGGUGAUAAAAUUCAGCAUCAAAACAACAACAAUCAUGUCAAUAAUAAUAAUAAUAAACAAAAUGGUUCCAUAGUAAGACCAACUGGACCACCUCCACCACCACCAACAUCAUCAACCUCAGUCUCCUAUGACGGGUCACUCAGGUCAGUUGAUGAUGUUUUCAUUCAAGUUCAAAUAACAGCAUCUUCAAAAAAAUCACAAUCACCUGAGAAACAAUUGACAAAGACAGUAAACAAUGGCCGAUUACCCAGUAAACAUAAUUACCAGCAAUCGACAAAAAAUGAUGAAAUUAUUCUUGAUGAAAGUGACCGUCCACUUAGUCCAAUCUAUGAAUCGUGCACCGAGAAGGUCAGUUACGAGGAAAGUAUUUCACCGACUGGUUCAUUAUCCGAGUCUCGAAUCGAUUCUCGGUCAAGUGGUGAAGUUGAAGAGGAAGAUGAUGUUAACACUCUUCUUACCCUUCGACCUCCAUCGUCAAAUGCUGGGUCAUCAUCUUCAACGGAAAUGACCUUAAGUGAAGACGGUGGCUUAGGUGAGUCUGUUUCUUAUGACGCUUCUUCUGGUUGCUCAUGGGAAACAUCAUCAAUCCUCACGGGGUCAGUUUGCCUUUCACCGGACGGAACAGCUAAUCACCAUGAUGCUAAUAGACACGAAAAUAAUCACGGUGAAAGUGUAAGUGAAAGGAUGUCACCUUCGCCCACUUGCCCAAUAAUAUCAACAUCAACACCUCAUCAUAAUCAUCACUCAUCAUCAUCAUCAUCUUUUCAUCAUGCAACUUCACCAAUCAUGAUCUCAGAUCCGGUGUUUAAUCAUCCUCAUCCUCAUCAUCAUCUUGUUAACUGUAACAAUAGUAAACAAAGUAACACAAAUGAUGAAUCUUACCUUUAUGAACCUCGAAUGUCAGAGGUGAUCAAGGUUACUGUUAAAAAAGCUGAAAUACCGGAAGUGGUCACUUUACGUUCAGAAGAUAUCAUUGAUUUAGAUACAACGGGCUCACUUGAUGGAUCACCAUCAUCUCCAUCAUCUUCAUCUUCCUUUUCAUCUUCAUCAAUUUCUAGUGUUCAAAGGAUUCACACCAAUGGUAGGAAAGGAAAUCGAACUGGUAUUUUAAAAGAUUCUAAUUGUCCAAAUUCAAAUGGUUUACAUAAUUGUCGCAGUUCAACUCCAAAGAAAGUUCAUUUCGCUGAAUCAGCCAAAAUCCGAACAACAACAACAACAAUUAACAAUAAUAGUGAACUUAAUCAUCUUCAACAAUCAGCUAAUUAUGAUUCAAGAUCAUCUCCUUUACCACAAUCAAUCUCACCUUUAACCGAUUGUACCAAUGGUAAUCAGUUAUCUUGUAAACCUGAUAAAUCAAACAAAUUAAUUAGCAACAAUAAUAACAAUGAGACAACAAUUACCACUUCGAGUACGGUAACAAUUAAGAAACCAUUGUUAUCAUCAACAUCAUCACGUCGAUUGUUCCAGUCAUCUUUAAACCAAAAUGAUUCUGAUGAAACAACACCAAGAAUAAAUUUGGUUCCAGUUAAUGGCAAGAAAGAAGCUCCAUCAAUAUCAUCCGGUGAUUAUUCAAGUGAACAAAUUAUUUCAUCAACAACCCAAGUUGAUCCGGAAUCAUUUCACUUAUCAAACCAAUCAUCACCAAUAUCAUCAGCAUCAUUACCAGCAGCACCAUCAUCAUCCUCAUCCUCAUCAUCACCAUUAUUAUCAUCUUCAUUAUCUGUAAAAAGUCAAGCUCGUUUCUUUGAAAGUAUGGCUGCUGAAAGUAAAGCCAAUGGUGGAUUGAGAGGAUUAAAAGGAGAAAGAUUAACAUCAAAAGCAAUUAAACCAGUUGCUACUGUUGAUAAUAAUGAUGAUGAUACUUUACCUUACAAUCAAAUUAACCAAGAAAAAGAGGAUAAAGAUGAUGAAAGACAAAAUAUUAACAGUAAAAGUCAAACGAGUAAAUCACUAAUCCAUAACGUUUCCACCAUUAACUGUACCGGGUCGGUUGAGCAUUCACUUAACCAGAACCUCUCAGCUAAUAAUACAGUUUAUGUAUCUACUGUCACUUCAACCUCCACUUCAACCUCAACACCAACAGGUAGUAAAAAUAAUCUUAAUGGUGCCAAUAGUGGAUUCCCUUAUUUAAGUCGUGAGCUUGAUGCUCAUCGUAAAUUAUCAGCUCUUCAUCAGAGGAAAUUAACAAUUGCUCGGGAAGAAUCAGCUCGAUCAUCAUUAAUCAUCCAAGGAUUGGGAAUUGUUGUUCAACGUUUAACUCAACAAUUGGAUAAUCUAAAUGGACCCACACUGAGGUCACAAUUGUCUCAAGUACAAAAUAACUUUAAUCAACUUGAAGCUUCAUUUAAUAGUCAAGAGGAAGCUUUAAAAUCAUUACAAGUUAAAUAUUCACGGGAUGAAAGUCAACUUCGAGAAGAGGUUAACAAAUUGACCUCAGAAUUGGCUGAUGAGGAGAGGAGACAUGAACGGGAAAAAGCUCAUCUAAUUAAUUCAUUUGAAUUAGAACUGGAUGCUGCAAGGAAACAAUUUGAUCAGGAAUUAAAUUCACUUGAACAAGUUAAAGAUGAGCUUAAAUGUUUGGUUGAUUCACUUAAAUCUGAAUUAAGGGCUAAAGUAAAUGAGAUGAAUCAAGUUAACAAUCAAAUGGUUUCAAUGGAAAUUCAUUCACGACAAGAACGAAAUGGUCAAGCUCGUCGGGUCGAGGAACGAAUAACUUUCAUGAGUAAAGAGAUUCAAAGUUUAAAAGAUGUUCUCGAAUUGAAAGAGAAAGAGUUGAAAAAACUUCGAAGUCAAGCUGAAAGAGAUGAGAAUUUAAAUCGUGAUCUGAUUCGAGCUCAAUCAACAAUAGAAGCUCUUAGACAACGAUUAGAACAAUUGGAAAUCGAUCGAGAAAGGCAAACAGAUUCGAUGAACAAACUAAAAGCCGAAAAUGAAGCUUUGAUCGGUGAAAUGAUUCGAGAUCAACGGGAAAUGGAUAAACUGGCCUUGAGAAAAGAGGAGCUCGAAUAUACUUUGUACAAUAUGGUCACAAUCAGUGGAGAUGACGAUAGAUUCAAUAACAAUUCAUCACAAUUAAGCUACGAUAAUAAUGUUUCCUAUUCAAGUGAAAUUGUUAAUCAUCAUCGCGAACCUUUAAUUGUUAAUGGUUCUUACAAUCAUCAUGCUGAUUGUGAUGGUGAUGUGAUAAUUGAUGAGGAUAAAAUCAAAGAGAUGAAAAGAAAACGUCAAAUAAUUACUAACAAUCAACAAUUAAGAUCAACACUAAUUUCAUCAUCUUCAUCGCGAUCAACUAAUUAUCAACAAUUUGAUUCACCUGUUUCCAGUUCAACGUCAAUAAGAAUUGAGAAAAAUAUUUCGCCACCUGAUUGUUACAAUAAUCAAUCAACAAUUUAACGAAAAUGAUUAAAAAUCUGAUGGUUGGAGUUACAAUGAUUCCAGUUAAAUUAUUCUGAUUAUGAAAAUCAUCUCGAUUCUAAUGAUGAAUCGAUGAUCAUUUCAACCAUUUUCUAGUCUUCAUGAUUAUUUGUUAAUCAUCAACAAGAUUAAAAGCAAAUUAAUUAGUUUUACAACAAUUGAAACACAGAAUUUUAUCAAUAUUUAUAAAUAUAAUUAUAACGAACUUAUUAAAAUAUUUUAUCCUAAUAAAUUUUACUAAUUA